AUGGUGAACAACCGUGGGAUCGAAGCUAACCCAGAGAAGAUAAAGGCCGUGCUCGAGAUGGAGGCACCCAGGACUCUAAAGCAGCUCCAGUGCCUUAAUGGUAGGAUUGCAGCCUUGAAUAGAUUCGUGUCAAGAUCAACGGACAAGUGCCUUCCUUUCUUCAAGGUUCUUAGGAAGAAGGGACCAUUCGAAUGGACGGUAGAGUGUGAGCAAGCACUAGAGCAGUUGAAAAACUAUCUCUGCUCAGCACCUCUACUCGCAAAACUAUUGCCAGGAGAGAAGCUCCACUUGUACCUGGCAGUAUCUGAUAGCGCCGUCAGCUCGGCCCUGAUCAAGCAGGAGGGUGCGCGCCAAAGUCCCGUUUAUUACACCAGUAAGGCCAUGACUGAGGCCGAGACCAGAUAUCCCCAAAUGGAGAAGUUGGCCCUCACUUUAGUCACCUCGGCCCGAAGACUUAGGCCGUACUUCCAAGCACACACUGUCAUAGUACUUACAAACUUGCCCCUGAAGAAUAUCUUCAGUAAGCCURAAACAUCARGGCGUCUGAUGAAGUGGGCAUUGGAAUUGAGCAAGUACGACAUCCAGUUCGGGCCAAGAACCGCGUUAAAAGGGCAAGCWGUGRCGGACUUCAUCGCGGAGCUUACCCCACCGACCYAGUCGACCGAGUCCGACCUCUCGUGGAUGAUCUACGUUGAUGGAUCUUCCAAUGAGAGGGGAUGCGGGGCAGGAAUUCYCUUGCUCACACCAGGUGGUGAGCGAUUUGAGUUCGCUCUGCGAUUCAACUUUCGGACUUCAAAUAAUGAGGCCGAGUACGAAGCACUCCUGGCAGGCCCGYGCGUUGCCAAAGGACUGGGRGCCAACCACAUUAAGGUCUUUAGUGACUCCCAACUAAUUGUAAAUCAGAUUAAGGAGGAGUACCAAACGAAGGACCCCCGAAUGGAAAAAUAUCUAAGCAAGGUCAGAUCGCACMUCGCCCAGUUCGGGACUUACGAGGUGRGUCAAGUUCCAAGAUCUGAAAACUCCAAUGCGGAUGCCUUAGCCAAAUUGGCAUCAGCAUAUGAGACCGACCUGGCUAGAUCGGUCCCGAUCGAGAUCUUGGACAACCCUUCAAUCUUGGAGCCAGAUGUGAUGGAGGUUGACACUCCAUCACCCUCUUGGAUGGACCCAAUCGUGGAGUUCAUCAAAGGAAAUCCAACGCAAGAACCGAAGGAGCAAAAGAAGAUGGCACGGAGAGCAGCUCGGUUCACACUCUGA